GGUUGCUGCUUGGUUUUCUCGUCCUCCGGUCGUCAAAGUUAAAGUUGCCGCUCAGCUCGGUGCACUUUCGCCCGGCCUUGUCUAAGAUCUGCGGGCAGAUGGGAUUUUGUAAACGAGUCGAGAGGAUAUUGCGAUGAUUUUCCUCUCGCAUGGCAGAGUCGUAAGUAUGUCGUCUACUACGGUCAGGACCGCGCUCGCGCGCACCUUGACCAAUGUACACCUCUCGGGCGAAUUCCCUUUCAUCAGUCGGCGCCACGCACGGACAUAUAAGCUGGGAUGUGGAUACGAUGUGUCUCCCACCCUUGUCUUUGAAGGACACAUCUCGUAUCCCUACCCCACGAAGCGAUAGACAUGACCGUCGUUGUCGAGCUGAUUGUCGUCGACCUCAAGGAGGGCACCGAUAAGGAGAAUACAGCCUUCAGAAAGCUCCGCGAGGGCGCGGCCAAGGGCGGACUCAAGGCCAGUCACUUCGAGGACGGCUUCGAGCUGAAGGACUUCAGCUGGCCAACAGACGAAUAUGGCGACUUCGACAACGAACUGAAGAAGAUCGCCGCCUCUGACGUUACGCGCCACUUCCUCACCUUCCCCUCAUUCUCGCCUGCGGUCACCGCUGCACCUGUCACCGAAACUGUGAUCCUCACUCUCAAGGAGGAUGCCGACCUGGCCGCCUUCAAGGCUUUCCAAGAUGGCGCCAUCAGCAAGCUCAAGGAGGCGCCCGUCGUACAUGGCGCAGCGUACGCCAUCACAACAGAGGCCGGAGCCAACCCUAUCGUGGUUUUGUUCGUUGGAUGGGACUCGGCCGAGGCUCAUCAAGCCAUAGCCGCAGCCCCCGAGAGCCAGGCGCUUUUGGGAACCUUGUAUGCGUUCAUCGAGAAGGGCGACCUCGUCCAUGUCUCGUACUCGAAGAGGCCUAGACGGGUGUAACAUGCGUUAUUCUGUGCCAGUGGGAGCUGAGAUUUACUCAUUUGCAGGGCGCGAAGUUGGCGACGCCCGGAUGAGCGUAAGCUCGCAGGGGAGUUGGUUAUCGCAUCAGUUUAACAAGGCAGGAAUCCUACAGUGUACAUGCAGUACUAGAUACUAGACGAGAUCGCGUCGUGGCGCGCAUCAUGCUACUCACCAUCUGGAUUGGCCGCUCUGUGGCUGAUUCAGAGAGGAGGAGUCACUCGGUCAUGAUGUCUCUUGACCAAAGCCUCCGAGUGCACUCAUAGUCUCUUAUUGAGGUUAUACGUACGUACCUAGUUGCCGAUAAACGUGGUGCAGCACAUACAGUUUGCAUGC